GCCUGCCCCAUCCAAAAGAAAAAAAAAAAAAGGAAAAAAGUCUUCGAUAUCCGUAGCUCGUCGCCGCUCUCUCUCCCUCUCCAGCUGCUUCUCUGUGACGAGUUGAAGUUGAACUCGAUUCAAUCUCAAUACGAGCUCAGUGGCAAACACGCAAAUACGUUAUUUCUGAUGCUUCCUUCUUCUUCUGCUUCUUCUGCUUCUUCUUAUUGUGUGCGUGAUUCCAAUUCCAUGGAGCCCUAUCUAUCACAUCGUUCUGGCUCCAACUUCGUUUUUAUCAGCCGUUGAUUUUAUAGAACUCUUUUAAAUUAAGACAAAAUCUCUUACCUGUUACUUCUUCUUUUUGCGAGUUUUCAUUGAAUCGAAUGGCUCAGUUUCAUUGGAUUCUGUUUUCUUUGUCACUCGUCUGUUUAGCGCGUGGUCUUGACGCAAGUGCUGGUGAUGCUGAUCCGAUUUAUCAGGCUUGCAUGGAGCAUUGUGAGAAAACUGGAUGUGCAGGUGGAAAAUGCUUCCAACAUUGUAAGUUCUCAUCUGAUGGAAAACCUAUUGACGGACCAUGGUAUCGGCAAGAGCCUCUCUACCUUGAAUGGAAACAAUGGGACUGUCACAAUGAUUGUCGAUAUCUGUGCAUGCUUGAUAGAGAGGAAGAAAGACAGAAACUCGGUGACAAGCCAGUCAAGUAUCAUGGGAAAUGGCCAUUUCGACGUUUAUAUGGAAUCCAGGAACCUGUUUCUGUUGCUCUCUCUGCACUCAACCUUGCCAUUCAGUUCCAUGGUUGGGUAUCUUUUUUCAUCCUUGUAUAUUACAAGCUGCCAUUGAGGCCAAAUAAGAAGACUUAUUAUGAAUACAGUGGCUUGUGGCACAUCUAUGGGAUCCUAUCAAUGAAUGCUUGGUUCUGGAGUGCUGUUUUCCACAGUCGAGAUGUUGAGUUCACAGAGAAGCUAGAUUAUUCAUCUGCUGUGGCAUUACUUGGUUUUACCUUUAUUCUAGCAAUACUGCGAGCUUUCAGCAUUAGAGAUGAGGCUGCAAGAGUCAUGGUUGCUGCUCCUGUGAUAGCAUUUCUUACAACACAUAUCAUGUAUCUGAACUUCUAUAAUCUUGAUUAUGGCCUCAACUUAAAAGUGUGUACAGCCAUGGGAAUAGCUCAGCUACUCAUUUGGGCAGUUUGGGCAGGUAUCACUGGCCAUCCAUCUCGGUGGAAGUUGUGGGUGGUGGUUGUAGGAGGAGGUCUUGCCAUGCUUUUGGAAAUAUACGAUUUCCCACCGUACCAUGGAUUUGUUGAUGCUCAUGCACUUUGGCAUGCAAGUACCAUCCCAUUUGCGUAUCUUUGGUGGAGAUUUGUUAGGGAUGAUGCUGAGUUUAGGACAUCAUGUCUCCUCAAGAAAACCAAGUAGCAUUUCUCUACCCAGUGUUUGCAGUAAGUGGAUGGUGGAUUGUGUCGAGCAAAAUUGCAGGCUCAACUAUGUGUCAAACAACUAAAGCCGUUUUUUUCCUGCAUAUUCAUCUUCUUCUUUUUUUUUCCAGAUGGUUACACAUUCAGUGUCAUCUGUUAUUUCCAAUGAAAAUGCGGUAUACAUAUUCUGUGAUGGAACUCAAAUUUUGAGAUCAGUUGGCCUUUUUUUUCCUUAUAAAGGAACCAAGGCUGCAAAAUCUUAAGUGUGAACUGUGUUUCUGUUUAUGAUUAUGGUGAUCUGAUCGAUGUAUAGAGUCGAUAACAAAUUUAUCCUCUUCA